UCGGGCGAUUUCACUUGCAAAUCCCCGACACCGGUUCCCUUGCAUACAAUUAGACUCCCUCAUUUGCGCCGUGGACACCCCGCUUUAAUCAAUAACUUCUUUUUCGCGGCCUUCGCCUUUUUUCUCGGCGCGAUGCCACUCGCGCACCUCGAUAUGUGUCAAUCGGCGUUUAUUCACCAAUUUACGAAUUGGCAAAAAGCACCGCAAAAAAGCCAAAAGCUCGGCCAAAAAAUCGUCUCGUAUCUUGUAGCCAUUUUAAUUAUUAUUUAAUACCGGGGGACGAGCACGUGGCGUGCACCCCGUCUCGCUCCCUCUUGUGCGUCGCGCCCCGCCGGCGUCGCGCCGUCCUUCUUCCACUGGGCGCACUUACACACAUAAAAAUGGUGAAUAAUAAAAAAAUGUGUACACAUUUUUUUCGCUUAAACCGCGGCGUCGCUGUGUGCGUGCGGCUCGCGAGCGACCGGGACGGCGCUAGCGCGCCGAGCGGAACCGCCGAUCCCCACUCCAUUUUUUUUAAGCUCGCGUCUUUCGUUGUUAGCGUCCGUGUGAUUUUUUUCAUUUUAUGUGUUAGUGUACCCCUCGCGCGGUAGUUCACUUUUUCUACUAUAGAUCUGAAUUUCAGUCUCGUUUUUGCCGCGCUGCUCUGAGGCGGCGAGUUGCAUUCGUCAGCGCUGGCCUGCAUCAAGCGAGCAAGCUCGGAGCACAUGUCCAAAGCACACGCGAAUCCCUGAGUGCGAGAGGGACGCCCUCACCACAUGUGGUCUCCACAACUAUACACCUAUAGCACACUAAAAUAUUGAGCACAAAAAAUCUGGUAAUUUUGAUCCUAGUAACGACGCCGCAUUCAUAAUUGUGCCGCAGGGUCAAGAGCACGGCACGUUUUUUCGGCCGGCAUUUUUUUUCCGAAUUUUAUUUUUAAUGUUUUUCGUGUUUUUGAGAAUUUUUGGCGACGAAGCCUUGGACUGCCUUGCCGUGUUGUGACAUAGUGUUUACCUUUAUUAUGUGAUAUAAAAUAAGUGACAUUUAGAUAGGAACAAACUGUGAUUUUAAAAUGGUGAUAAUUGGUGUAUGAGGACUUGGACAGUGACAGCCAAAUCUCAACGGAGGAUCUCGAAAUAUUCCAUGACACCCAAAAAGCGUAGAAUACGAAGACAGAAACCGUAUAUUUUUGUAAGAUAGUGCCAAAUAACCACUCGAUCGAACGAUCGAAACGAUAAUUAUACUUUAUAUUUAGAUAGACAUUUUUAAUUGCCAAGAUGAUGGAAGGAAGGACAAUCGACUACAGGCCGGACGGGGGCGGUCUGGACUACCACAACUCGCCUCUGAUGGCCGAGAUACCUGUAGACAACUACUCCCACAUACACAGGAGCAUAGAACACUUGAGAUCUAUAGGGGUCCCUCCGCCCUUAGACCACCACCGCCAUCUCGCCACCAACCUCACAGACUUGAGGCGAUACGAACACCCCGACGAAAUGCCUGAAAUCAAGCCGUCCGUAUUAAGACUAUCCGAAUUUAAAAGUGGUUUGCAAGACAUAAGGAUACACAACGAUCAGGAGAACGAGGUGCAGCGACAGAUGACGCCGCACGACGAUGGGCCGAAGGGAUACAGCGCGCCAUCGACCCCCCUUUCCGAAAACGGAGGACAUAGCAUCCAGGAGGAAAAGGUGUUCGGCUCGAAGGCGGACCUGCAGCUGCACACGCAGAUCCACCUGCGCGAGGCCAAGCCCUACCGCUGCACGCAGUGCCCCAAGGCCUUCGCCAACUCCUCCUACCUCGCGCAGCACUCCCGCAUCCACCUCGGCAUCAAACCCUACCGCUGCGAAAUCUGCCAGCGCAAGUUCACCCAACUCUCCCAUCUCCAGCAGCACAUACGCACGCACACCGGUGACAAACCCUACCGGUGCACCCAAAUAGGGUGCACCAAGGCCUUCUCCCAGCUCUCAAACCUCCAGAGCCACAGCCGCUGCCACCAGACCGACAAACCUUUCAAGUGCAAUUCCUGCUACAAAUGCUUCACCCACGAGAAGGACUUGCUCGAACACAUUCCCAAACACAAAGAGUCCAAGCAUUUGAAGACUCACAUCUGCCAGUAUUGCGGCAAGAGCUACACCCAAGAAACUUAUCUAAGUAAGCACAUGAACAAGCAUGCCGAGCGAGCUGACAAGCGGCCCCCGAUAUCCGCUUUAGGAUUGAGCGGUUUAAACAGGUCUCUGGCCGCAGCGGCGCCGACGGCGACUCCGUUCGGCGACCAUCCGUACUGGCCUAAAGUCAGUCCGGAUUCCGCGGCGCAUAUGUCUGAUGAUGGUGGCUAUCAUCAGCAAAGAGAGGAGGAGCACCACGAGCAGCAGCUGCAGCAGCACCGGGCGCUGUUCGCGCAGCACGAGGCACAAGAGGAACGAUCCUUGCAGCCGCCCGUCUCUGCGGCGAAUUCGGCUUUCACGCCGAUUAACUCCAUGGCGCCGCAUUUGAACGGGCUGUCGCACCACAGCGCGCUGCCGGCGCGGCCGUACCUGUACGACCCGCUGCACUUCCAGCAGGGCAAGCAGCAACCGAACAGCUUCCCCAACCAGCUGAUCUCGCUGCACCAGAUCCGGAACUACGCGCACCAGCCCUCCGCGGCGCUGCUGCCGGCCGAGCACAUCCUCCCCCACGCGCUCUCACACAAAGAUAAACAGUAACUCGCAGCUAGCUACUUCUAGUACUUACGAUGGUAUUAUUAGUAUAAUUAACGAAAUAUAUAAUAUUUAGAAUCUCGCUCUCGAAGACAGUGGUAUUAUGAAUGUAUGAAAUACGAACGUUUUUGUCGUUUAUGAAAAUUCAUGUUUUUAGACUAAAAUUGAUAUCGUGUAUUCAAUACUCUGAAUUUUUGUGAGUAGAUUUCAAAUGUACUGGGUAUGAAAUGUGAUUUCAAGGAUUUGAAUCAUUCAUUGAUAGAGAUUUUGAUUAGUUUUCUGAAAGUGGAUCCCUUUUGUCCGUAGCUGAGUUAGUUGAACCAUUUCUGGUGGAACAUAGAACAAGCUUGGUUGAUUUUCUAAUUUUGACUGCGAAUCAAAAACUAGAUAUAAUUAAAACUGCUUUAAAGAAAACUAAUCGUUAAGUUUAGCAAUAAUAUUAUUUUCUGUAAAUAUAUUUACUUCGAACUUCCGAUCCCAGUUUAAACUUGGUGUUAAUAUAUUUGGUAUGAAUGCAAAAGAUAGGACAAUGUAUUUAUUUAAGGCUUUUAAAUUAUCAAUAUCCCAGUAUGCGUUACACACAAAGAUGAAAGUUCCUGACAGAUAAAA